GCAGCCUCGUCUUGAAGCCGAGCAUCUCGGGUGAACAUAUAACAACCAAUCAGAAAGCAGCGCACGAAGUUCAAGCCUUCGUUCGAAUGUUCGCGUAGGAUGCACUCACGACCAUUUUGAUUGUGUUGCUUGUACGGGCGAAGAUUCCACAAUUUGUUGAUCCAAAAUAAACAGUCAAGCCAAGCGAACCGAUAAACAACUACCAAAGGAACAUUGUAAAUUUUAAGAAGAAACAGCCAUGCCUUCUAAACUUUCAGAUUACGAUAUUCUUGGUGAAAUAGGGUCUGGUUCUUACGGGACAUGUAAGAAGAUACGGCGGAGAAGCGAUAAGAAGAUUCUGGUUUGGAAGGAACUUGACUAUGGCAAGAUGACAGAGGUCGAGAAGCAGCUGCUUGUCUCAGAAGUGAAUCUACUAAGAGAGCUUAAACACCCACAUAUUGUUCGGUAUUAUGAUAGANUGUACAGACCGAAUUGGACUCCACUCAGUCCUAUUACCAUUAUUUAUCAGGAACAAGUGAAUAAACAAAGUUACAAUGAGAAGUCAGACAUAUGGUCACUUGGAUGCCUUGUGUAUGAACUCUGUUCCUUGUCACCACCAUUCACUGCCAUGAAUCAGAGGACUCUUGAAGCAAAAAUCAGAAUAGGAAAGUUCCGCCCAAUCCCAGAGCAGUAUUCCCCAGAUUUGAGUGAAGUUGUUAAUUCAAUGCUGAAAGUAAAUGAAGAACGCCGGCCAUCAAUAGACAAACUUCUAUGCAAUCCACUUUUUCAGAGAUUUCAGAGAGACUUGGAUCCACAAAAUGAUGGGAGGAAAAAAGAAGAGUUCUUUAGAAGAUGGGAAAAACAACUAACUGAGAAACAAAAAGAGUUGGACAGGAGAGAGAAAAUUCUCACAGAAAGAGAAAGAACUCUGAGCGAGCGAGAAGAAAAAGUAACAAGGGCUGAAGCUACCCAACGCCUUCUUGGCUUCCAAGAGGCUGCACCUGCUCUACCCAAAAGGCCAUAUUUAUAUGGAAACUUAGGAAUGGAUAAGGAAAAUGAUUUCCUAACUGUGAAAAGGAAGUUUACCACCUUUGAUCCCGAAAGCAGAGGACAACUAUUAAAGGAUGCAACAAGCAAUGUUCUGAGCAUUGAUCAACACCUACCAGAGUUAGGAUUCAGACAUCCAAAUAUACCUGGCAGGAAUGUUAGACCUACACGACUGUUAUCAGACUUUAGAUGAAGAAAAACCAGUGUAACAAUUCUGAUCUUCAAGAUUUAAAUCAGCAAGUCAAACUCUUUUCAAUUCUCACUUCAUUUUUCAUGAUAUAAGCAAUCUUCUGUUACAUGCAUCCAUCUUUCUGUACCAUGUACAUGCAACAGGUACACACAAAUAACAUUUUCUUUUUGUCAGUCAUUGUAAUGGGAACUACUAACGAAUGUAUUGUUAUAUAAUGUAAAUUAUAAGUUAGACAAUGUAGAUUUUUUUCAAAAAAAAAUAAGUACUGUAUAUUUGGAUAUUUUUUCCCUGACCAUACUAUUUGUUUAUACAUGUAUGUCCAUUGUAAGAUAUUGUAAAUAUUAAUAAAGAAAGUAUUAAUUCCCAUAUGUAUACUGUUAGCAAAAAUCAAAAUGUGAUAUGACAGUCUGACCGGUUUAAAAAUAACACAUGAUGUGUAUACACAAAACAUCAUGUUACAUCUUGUUUAUGUACAUGUGCACUAGAUAACUUGGAGAAGACAUAUGUACAGCAAUAUACACAAUAUUAUAAUCAAAACACCCAAAAAUAUAUCAAAUGCCAUAAAAAACCCUUUUAAACUCUUUUUAAACAUCUCCCAUUCUUGUACCUUUACCUUCUAUAAAGCUUGUGGCUUCUCUAUAAAUAGUGUUUAUAGGUUCGGUUAUUUCAUCAUUUCAGUGAAAGCAUCCAAUGAAACAUUUGUUUAACUUUCAUAUUAAGUAGUUAAACACAAGUUUAUGAAACUUUGAAGUUUUCUUUAAAUAAAGUUACAAGUAGGGAAUGUUAAAAUUUCAAAACAGUAAAACAAUUCUUUUCCUUGUUUUCUCCUUUUAACACUUUAAAAGUGUUACAGCUACACACAGCUGCAGUCUCAAAGUUUUUUCAAAUACACUGUAACUUAAAAACAUGCACGUAAGCAUUUGCAUGUUUUUUUUCAGCAAUGCUACCCAGUUGACAUCUCGGCCAUAAUCUUGUUCUUUAGAAUCAGUGGGUAAUAAAUGCCCCUUGCAGAGGUAAUAAUCUUCCAUAUCAACUAAAGACCUUUCUUAAACGUGCCAGGAUAUUUUGCAAACAACCUGCCAUGAAGUUUUGUUUGUCUUGGAAACCAUGCAUGAAUCUUGCCUUCAUCGUGAUUAUGUUCGGAAACUCUCCACUCUG